UAUUCGUUUUCAGUGCACGUGCGGACAAAGAUUUUCAGUCUGGGCAAUUAAAAAAAACUGAAAAAUCGGUAUGUAUUGAAAAACGAUCAACCGUAAAGAGCUGCUCUUUUCUAAAUGUUCUUUUCUCGCGGAUGAAGCGUCUUCCUAGCCAAAUAUGUUGUUCAUUAAAUCUGUCUGGUAGGUGCUCAAAGUGCUCAAUACUCAUAUCAGACGAGUUCUUCUUCAAGGACAACCAGCAGCACUGUCUGCGGUGCUACAAGAAGUACUGUGACGUCACCUGUCUCUACUGUGGCCAACUCAUCUUAGAUGACAACAGCUGCGUAUCCCCAUCUGAGGGAAAUAAGCGAUACCACACCCACUGUGCAUUUUGUUCAGUAUGUGGGGGUCACUUCAAACAAGGCCAGGAGAUGAUGACCGAAGGGGACGAAAUUUGGCAUCCCAAAUGUUCGACGCUUCGCAAAUCUAUUCGUCAAAUGGAAAACUUCAUAACUGGAACUUCAGAACCAAGAGCCAGUUCAUCGUCGGCUUUAUCUCCCAAAGGACCAAGACCAGUUUCUAUUCAUUUGGGAUUCUCACCGUCAGAAAAGAAAUCUCCAUUAGAUCUAUUUGACAGUAUUAGUUCCAACUCGGAUUCCAAACUAAACGACCAUUCAGAUCUGGCAGAGCUCAAAUCGAAACUAAAAUUACCACUUUAUGAAGGAGAACAUCAGAAAUCAUUACAGAGUGAGAAAUAUUAUACACAAGCUUCUUUCAUUCCAAAGGAAUCAAACAAGCGUCAAAUAACAUCACCUAUUCACAACUCCCGUUCUUCACUAUCACCUCUUGCCGUCUCCAACCAGUACGCAUUUCGACAAGAUAACAGAUCACCAUUAAGUUCAGGCACUGCGUGCACGAAUGGGGGUUCCACUGACGCUAGCUUCGGAGCUUCCAAUGUGUUCUUGAAUAGGUUGAACCAAGCCAAAUAUGAUCAAACUUCAGCAGGAGCUACUAGGGGACGCAAUUUACGACCGAUGUACUCGAACCGACGGAAAAUUUCCAGCAGUCGGCAUGUAGCACUUGAACCGACAAUCGAGGAGUCCGAAUUGGAACACGAAUUAAAUCCGGGCGAGGAGGCAGUGGCUGAAAAAGUCUAUCAAAAUGGCGACCACGAGGACACCUCGAGUUCUAAGUCAUCUCAAGAUGACAAUCGCAGUAAUGAAAGUUCAAUGAGCAGCACUGACUUCAAUAUCCUCGAACACAGACAGAAACGGAGUCCCCUGACUCCCGAAAAACAGCAAUCUAAUGCAUCCUCACCGUACUAUCUACCCUAUGCUCAGUUGCGCACACGGAAUGCAAAAUUGCCGCCAGGAGUAGACCGCAAAAACCUGGAGAGACAUUUGGCCGACAAAGAAUUCCUUUUAGUUUUUAGAUGUACAAAAUUCGAUUUUUAUAAGCAGCCCAAAUGGAGACGGGAUGCUAUGAAAAGGCAGUUUGAACUAUUUUAAUUUGUAGUCACAGUUAAGAAUUGAGUAAUACAGUAUAUAUUUUUG